AUGUCAGAAAUAUACUUAGACUCAGAGAUGCUUCAACAACUGAACUCCACCGUACAGUUACAUUUCAUUGAAUGGUUAAAGGCACAACAUUUCGAUAUUCGUAACCCUUCUCACAUAGUUGCACAACACUUACAUGAUCAAUCUACCAUAAUGACACUAAUAACCACGAUAUCCACCUGCUUUAUUCUUUAUGUGUUUUACAAAUUGAUUAUUGCUAACCCAUAUAAUAAGUUCAUAAAACCUGUUAAAUUCGAAAUUGGCAUUCCAGUUCCCAUAGCAAGUAAUUGGAAAAGUAAAAGAGUAACGUCCAAAUCAAUUAAGGAUCCUUCAAACCCAAAUCAUAUUCAAUGUUAUUGUCCUGCUACUGGGCAGUACAUAGCAUCUUUCCCCUCCAAAACUAAAACCGAACUCGAUGACAUGAUUCAGAGGGCAGAAAUUGCCCAAUCAAAAUGGUCUACGUCUUCCAUGGAAAGAAGAUUAAGAGUGCUUACCUCUUUAAGAGAGUACAUACUUUCCAACCAAGAAAUGAUCGCUUCCAUCGCAUGCAGAGAUUCUGGUAAGACAAAAUUAGAUGCCUCUAUGGGUGAAAUAUUAGUCACUUUAGAGAAGUUACAAUGGUUAAUAACACAUGGCCCCUCAGUACUAAAACCAUCAAGGCGUCCUGGGCCUACCAAUUUUUUUAUGAAGUGGUAUAAAGGUGCAGAGAUUAGAUAUGAACCGUUAGGGGUCGUGAGUGCCAUCGUUUCAUGGAAUUAUCCAUUCCAUAAUCUAUGGGGACCCAUCAUUGAUUCCUUAUUUACUGGUAAUGCCAUAGUUAUGAAAUGUUCAGAACAGGUAGUUUGGUCAUCUGAAAUAUUUGUUCAAUUAUUAAGAGAAUGUUUGAUUCAAUGUGGUGAAGAUCCUGAGUUGAUUCAAUUAUUUUAUUGCCUACCACCUAAUUUAGAAGAGGAUUCUAAUGAGGAAACCGCCAAUUAUUUCACCUCACAUAAAGCUUUUAAAAGUAUCACUUUUAUUGGAAGUCAGCAGGUUUCUCAUCAAAUAUUGAGGUGUGCGGCAGAAGCGAUCACUCCUGUAGUUGUAGAAUUAGGUGGGAAGGACGCAUUUAUUGUAUUAGAUUCUGUAAAGGAUUUACAAUCGAUAUCUUCUAUUAUUUUAAGAGGUACAUUCCAAUCUUCGGGACAGAACUGUAUAGGAAUUGAAAGGGUAAUUGUCAGUGAAAAGAACUAUGCUACAUUGGUCGAAAUACUAUCCAAUCGAAUGAAUGCUUCCCCUAUGAGACAAGGCUCUGAUAUAGAUAGCAUUGAUGAUAUUGAUGUGGGCGCAAUGAUCUCAGAUAAUAGAUUCGAUGAAUUAGAAUUAUUGGUAAAAGAUGCUGUAUCUAAGGGUGCCCGCUUAUUGUGUGGAGGGUCCCGUUUCCAGCAUCCUAAGUAUCCACAAGGUAACUACUUCCAACCAACUUUGUUGGUAGAUGUUACCCCAGACAUGAAGAUUGCUCAAAAUGAAGUAUUUGGUCCUAUCUUGGUAAUGAUGAGGGCGAAUGAUACAGAACAUUGUAUCAAGUUAGCCAACUCUGCUCCAUUCGGUCUAGGGGGGUCGGUAUUUGGUUCCAACAUGCAGGAAUGUAACUACGUAGCAAACGAAUUGAAAACUGGUAACGUAGCAAUCAAUGAUUUUGCCACAUUUUAUGUUUGCCAACUGCCAUUUGGUGGUAUACAUGGAUCAGGGUACGGAAAAUUUGGUGGGGAAGAGGGCCUACUAAGAUUAUGCAAUGCAAAGAGUGUCUGCUUCGAUACGUUACCAUUCAUCUCUACUCAGAUUCCCAAACCACUAGAUUAUCCAAUUAAAAGCAAUACAAAAGCAUGGAAUUUUGUGAAGGCAUUCAUCACUGCUUCAUAUACCAGAUCUACUUGGCAGUUUGUUAAAUCUCUGUUGUCCUUGGGUAAGGAAUCUGCUUAA